CAGCUGUCCUUCUUCCUCGAAAAGCUCGCGGUUGGCUGUGGCUCAAACCAAACUUUCCCUCCCGAAGUUCCUUGGCUUUACCUCAUGAAAUGGGAUAUGGAGAUUGAAGAAAUAGAAGCUGUUCUUGAGAAAAUCUGGGAUCUGCACGACAAAUUGAGCGACGCUAUUCACUCGGUUUCCCGCAGCCACUUCCUCAACUCCAUCAGAAACCUAAGGAAAUCCAAUCAGAAGAAACUCUACAACGACGCCGUUGAAGAGAACCGGGAUGGUUUUGUCUAUGCUAAGGACUUUCGUCUUGAUGAUAAUGAAUCCGCGAUUCAAGAGGCCAAGAGUCUCAACGCUAUCAGGACCGCUCUCGAGAACCUCGAGGAUCAGUUAGAGUUCUUCCAUACUGUACAAAUUCAACAGCAGGCUGAGAGAGAUGCUGCAAUUGCUCGAUUAGAACAAAGCAGGAUUGUUCUUGCAAUGAGAUUGGCUGAACACCAUGGUAAGAAGUACAAAGUCAUUGAAGAAGCUCUAACUUUUCUUGGUGAUGUACAUGAGGCAAGUCGCAUUGUUUCUCCUGAAUCUCAAUGCCCAUCUGGUGAGAAUGUUGUUAGGCCUAAAGAGAAGGGGUCUAACAUUGCAAUCAAGUUUCUCAUUUCAAGUUUUGAUUUUGUGAGGAAAUCCCUUAAAUCAGAUCAUGUGGGUGGGUUGCUUUGCAAUGCUGCUAUAUUUUCCAUUAGCGUGAUUGCAUUGCUCCGUCUGCAUCAGGUAGCUUACAAGGAGCAUCGGUAUAAGCAAGAAGAACUUAUCAGCAACAAUAGAAAUGUCCGCAAAGCUCCUUGGGUUGAAGGAUUUUCUUCCAAUGUUAAUUUGAAUCACUUGGAUGUGAUGUUGGCCAGGGGUUGAAGAAAUUUACCCGCUUGAAAAUUUUCUAUUGUUAGUUAAAAAUAGGAAGCCAUGCCAUGCUGUUACUGGGACUAGAAGUUUGUUUAUUUUUCAAUUUCUUUCCACGAAAUCCUGAGAGCUUGCAAGAGUGUUCGCAUGAUUUGACGCCAAUAUUUUAGAUUGCCAUAGGUAUUUAGAUGCAGAUUCAUGUUGAGGAGUGCAUUUGAGGUGAGGAUAGUACUAUUUGGAUUGUGGUUGUGUUGCCCUUUGAAUUCAUCAAUGUACCCAAAUUUAUAACUGAGCUGAAAGCCUGCUUCCUGUCA